AUGAAUGCGAUCGAGGCUUGUGUCAAUCCCAAUGUUGUAGCAGGUACUUUUCUUCUCAAUCACCAAUAUCCUACCGUGUUAUUUGAUUCCGGGGCCGAUUAUAGCCUCAUUUCUAAUGAUUUCCUCCCGUUGAUCGAUGCUAGUCUUAGCCUGUUGGCAUAUUAUUUUGAACUCGAAAUGGUAAAUGGUGGAUUGUCUAGAAAUAGUCAAGUUGUUCGUGAUUGUGUGCUAGAAUUAUGUGACCACCCGUUUUACAUAGAUUUAAUGCCUUUUGAUAUCGGUAGUUUUGAUGUAAUCGUGGGUAUGGAUUGGUUGUCGGCUAUGAAUGCGAUGAUCGAUUAUGGUAGUAGGGUUGUGAGGAUACCAUUGGAAAGCGGGGAAGAAUUGGUGGUCCAAGUUAAAGACUUUGCGGAUGUAUUCCCGGAUGACCUACCGGGUUUGCCUCCAUCUCGUAAACUUGAUUUCCGUAUUGAUCUCAUUCCAAAUGCUUCUCCAGUGGCCAAGGCGCCUUAUCGCUUAGCCAUGACCGAAAUGCAAGAAACAAAAGAAGAGCAUGCCGAGCAUUUGAAGCUAGUGUUGGAAUUACUUCAGAAAGAAAAAUUGUAUGCCAAGUUCUCCAAGUGUGAAUUUUGGCUAGAAGAGGUCCAUUUCCUGGGUCACGUGGUGAACAAAGAGGGUAUUCAUGUGGACCCUAGUAAAUUCGACGCAGUUAAGAAUUGGAGACGACCCGAAACGCCAACCGAGAUUCGCCAGUUUCUUGGUUUGGCGGGUUACUAUAGACGGUUUAUUGAAGGUUUCUCAAAAAUUGGCCAACCUUUGACCUUGUUGACACAACGGGAAAGGAGGUUUGAAUGGGGUAAUAAACAAGAACGGUCCUUCCAAUUGCUUAAAGACAAAUUAUGUGAUGCACCAAUCUUGACUUUGCCCAAUGGACCCGAUGAUUUUGUUGUGUAUUGUGAUGCAUUCGGGCAAAGCUUGGGUGUGUUUUGA